CUUAUAAUAAGACGUCUAACUUACUUGAGCUAUAGGUUAAAAAUGACUAGUCUUCUCAAUGUAUUUUGUCUUUUGGCUUUAACCUUUCCUUCCAAUGGUGCUUUUGAAAGCGGUCAAAAACAAAGGGAAACGAAGGAUCAAAAUAGCAGUCGAACAAUAUCUGAAGAAGCCAUUUUACCACCAAAGACUAUUAGAUCUGUGACAGCAUUUAGAGAUGACUUUAACAGUUGGAAUCCCAACAACUAUCAAGUGGCUUGCACUGCUUGGGGAGGAGGGAACAACGAGUUACAGGUUUAUACUCCUGGACAAUCAAAUCUAUUUACAAAGAAUGGUCAUUUGUACAUCAAACCUACGUUGACAGUAAAUCAUCCAGAUUUUAACGAUGUGAAGCUGUACCAUGGACAAAUGGAUCUAAAUGGUCUUUGGGGGUAUUGUACACAGGGGAGUAACAGCGGAUGUAACAAACAUGGCGGACAGGAUAUUCUACCUCCUGUUAUGUCAGGAUAUAUAACUACUAAAGCGGCCAUUAAAUACGGACGAAUCAAUGUCAGGGCAAAGCUUCCAAAAGCUGAUUGGACAUGGCCAGCAAUAUGGACGUUACCACGUGAUAGUACUUAUGGUGGCUGGCCUCAGUCUGGCGCAAUGGACAUCAUGGAAUCAAGAGGUAACGCUGUGGCCAUGGGAGGCGGCGUUAAUCAUGGAGUAAAUGAAGUAAUGUCCAAACUAGAUUGGGGACCAUCUGGAGAUACAAGUCAGUUUUACAAAACUCAGGUAUUCAAACGAAAAUCUAGUGGUGACUGGCAUGAUGAUUUCCAUGUAUAUAGUUUAGAGUGGACAGCUGACCAUUUGUAUACCUAUGUUGACAAUGAAAUUAUUUUGAGGACUGACACACCUAGUAAUAGUUAUUGGUCAUAUGGAGGUUUUUCUGGUGACAACAUCUGGAAACAUGGCGGUAAAGAUGCUCCAUUCGAUCAAUACUUUCAGCUAGUACUUAAUGUUGCUGUUGGUGGCAAUUGGUUUAAAAACGAAUAUCAGUACGCUUAUACACGACCAUGGACAGACUCGUCUCGCCAUCCAAAGAGAGAUUUUUGGGAGCACCGAAACCAAUGGCAAAAUUCAUGGCAGGGUGAUAAUGCGGCUAUGAUUGUUGAUUACGUUGAGAUGAUCCAAUAUUAAUAUACGUGGAAGAGUACCUGUGUUAAUUGUAAAAUAUAUU